AUGAUUUCAAGGCAUAGAAAAUUGCUUUGUGGAGGAAAGUUGUUUCAUGUGCGAUGUUGUGCACAUCUCUUAAACUUACUUGUUCAAGAUGGAUUGGGAGAAAUAGCAGGAACAAUUGAAAAUAUACGUGAGAAUGUGAAUUUUAUCAAUCAGUCUGAGGCAAGGUUGUGUACAUUCUCCGAGAUUGUUCAACAAUUGCAACUUCCUGGGAGAAAAUUGAUUCUUGACUGUCCUACACGAUGGAAUUCAACUUAUCAAAUGAUAUCUACAUCAUUGCAAUUUAAAGAAGUCUUCACUCGAUUCCAAGAUCGUGAGCCAAAUUAUAGAUAUCUUCCUAACCACGAAGAAUGGGAUAAAGUUGAAAAAAUAGUUGAAGUUCUACAAGGGAUCAAUUGUGCAACCAAUAUCAUAUCUGGAAGUAAAUAUCCUACUGCCAACCUUUAUCUUGCUGAGGUAUUUCGCAUUAAAUUAAUUUUGGAUGAAACUGUUAAUAGUGGACCUUUUUUCAUCAAGGAAAUGGCUGCCAAAAUGAAACUAAAGUUUGAUAAAUAUUGGAGUGAAUGUAACCUUCUCAUGGCUAUUGCUACUAUUUUAGAUCCCAGAUGCAAAUUGACAGGUCUUAAAAUGUGCUUUCAACAGAUAUAUAGGCAAGAAGCUACAAGAAAUAUGACAUUGGUGCAUCAAAUCUUGACAGAAAUGUAUCAAGAGUAUGUCAUUCUAUCCAACGAGCAAGAAGGAUCAACUUCAUUGAGUGCAAGUGGCGAAAGUAGUAUCAACUCUACAAUGGAAAGUUCAAACUCCUCACAAACUGGGUGGUCAAUAAUGAUAAAUUUUGUAAAGAAUGAAGAAGCAGUUCCAACUUUAAAAUCUGAGUUAGAGACUUACUUGGAUGAACCAAAAUAUUUUCAAAUAGAACAUGAUGUAACUAGCUUCGGUGCUUUAGAAUGGUGGAAGGUAAAUCGUGGAAAAUAUAGGAUAUUAUCUAGAAUGGCAGCUGAUGUUCUUGCUAUUCCAAUCUCAACUGUGGCUUCAGAGUCAACUUUUAGUGCUGGUGGAAGGGUAAUUGAUACAUUUCGAUCCUCACUAAGUCCGACUACAGCUGAAACUUUAAUUUGUGGAGGAGAUUGGCUUCGAGUUUUUUAUGGCCUAAGAAACAAGUCUAAGGUUGAAGAUAGCUCUGUGGAGAUUACAUUACCAAUUUAA